AGGGACCCGUUUUGUUUUGUUUUGUUGGGAAAAGGCCGCUGAGAAAACUUCGCGAGCAAAGAGAGCUUGAAAUCCGGCGGGAGUUUCUCACUCGCUGAUGAUACCUAGCAGCCGCCGGAGAGAUUGCGGUCUUAAUAUGGGGGAUGUCAAGCUGGUAUCGACUCAGAUCUCCAAAGCCACCUUGACUUUGAACCAUUCUUCUCUAAGAACUCCCACUGCAACAGAAGCACCAGCAUUUAUUCUACCUCCACGAAAUAUCCAGGUGCCAUUUGGAGGCACAGCAAAAUUUGAAGGACAGGUGAGAGGCAACCCUGAACCUCAGAUCACGUGGUACAGAAAUGAGCACCCUGUCACAGGAGAGCGCUGUGUAGCAGAUUGCAGCAUCCGAGGGAUUUUCAGCUUGAUGAUUAAAGGGGUGAAGGAGGAAGAUGGUGGUCUGUAUACAUGUCAGGCCAGAAAUGCUGGUGGGAUUCGCCAGGUGACUGUGGAAUUGACAGUGGAAGGAAAAGUUUUGAAGAAAUAUAACUUGCCUUCCAGUUCCAAAAGUUCUGGGGGUCAGUCUGCUGUUCUACCUAUAGAACAACGGCCAAGCAUCUGGGGUGAAUGUCCGCCCAAGUUUGCUACAAAACCCAACCGGGUUAUUGUACGAGAAGGACAGAGUGGUAAAUUUUCCUGUAAGAUAACAGGACGACCUCAGCCUCGGGUCAUCUGGUUCAAGGAUGAAAUUCAGGUGCAGAAAAAUGAUCACUUUAACAUGUUUGAGAAAGCAGGCAUCCAGUUUUUGGAAAUCCAAAAUGUUCAGCUGGCUGAUGCUGGAAUUUACACUUGUACCUUGAUGAAUAAUGCUGGGAAGGCUUCUGUGACUGCAGAACUAAUGGUUCAAGGUUCUCUAAAAAGGGAUGCAUGUUCUCAACCUUUUUGCACAUCAGUAAAUCCCAGUGCCUCUACAAAAUCCACCAUUACUACCAAAGCUUUCGAAACCUCAGAGAUCAGAAAACCCACUAGCAAUGGGAUAGUUAAAGACCUUAAAUCAACUACUACAGAGCUUUUGCUAGAAUCCAAAGAAAGGCCAUUGGUGAAGAGAGAAAUUCACCUUGCUCCGUCCAAAGUAGUGAAAGAGACUCAAUUACAACAAGUGAAGGAACCCAUCAGAGAGCCACCUAAAGAAGACAAGAAAGGCCAACAGGUUCUGCAGAAAACAUCAAGCACCAUAACUCUUCGCUCUGUGAAAAUACAGCCCAGACCAAAGGCAGAAUUGAAGGCAGUUUCCUCUGAACUGGAAGUUAAUGGAGAAAAAACAAAGCAAUUACUGGCAGCAGAUUGCCAGGCUGCUUUGUCUACCAGGCCAGAUAAUCUGACCCCUGAAGAAUUGGAAAAUCAUGUUGAGUUAAAGAAGAGUGCAGCAGAAAUAAAGAUUCAGAGAAUCCCUCCACAAUUUGAGUGUCGGCCUCAAAGCCAAGAAGCAUUAGAAGGAGAAGUGAUUACAUUUAGAUGCAGAGUUUCAGGGAAACCCCAGGCAACUGUUGAAUGGUUCAAAGAAGGAGCCCUCCUGGAAACGGGAGACAGCAUCCUGAUCUAUGAAGAAGAUGGAGUCCAUUGUUUAUGCCUGAAAAAAACUCAGCUGGAAGACAGUGGAUUUUACUCUUGCAAAGCUUUCAAUCCUGGAGGACAAGCUUCAACCAGGUGGCUAUUAACAGUAAAAAGGCCUAAAGUGAAGGAGGUACCUCCCCAUUUUCUCCGGGUCUUGAAAUCCUGCCACGUGAGUGAAGGGCAGGAUUUUACACUUCGGUGCUCAGUUGAGGGGAUACCUGUUCCUCAGAUCACCUGGCUCCUUAACGAUCAACCAAUUCAGUAUGUGUGUUCUGACUUUGAAGAUGGAAUUGCAAAGUUGACUAUUCAAGAUGCUUUACCAGAAGAUGAUGGAAUAUAUACGUGUCUGGCAGAAAAUGCUGCCGGAAAAGCUUCCUGCUGUGCUCAGGUUACUGUUAAAGAAAAGAGGAGCAGAAUUAAACUAGAAAGUGCACAGACUGUUACAGCCAAUAAAACGUUUCCUCCAAUCCUCCUGAAAGGCCUAAGUGAUCUCAAGGUAAUGGAUGGGAGCCAAGUGAUUAUGACAGUAGAGGUUUCAGCUAAUCCACCUCCUGAAAUAAUUUGGCUUCACAAUGGUAAAGAAAUCCAGGAAACAGAAGAUUUUCACUUUGAGAAGAAGGGCAAUGUGUAUCGCCUCUGUAUCCAAGAGGUAUUUCCCGAGGACACAGGAGAAUACACCUGUGAGGCCUGGAAUGACUUGGGAGGAAUUCAUACUGAAGCAACCCUGACUGUACAAGAACCUCAGGAUGGUAUUCAGCCAUGGUUUAUUAGCAAACCACAGUCAGUGAGAGCAGUAGUGGGGCAGAACGUUAUUAUUUCCUGUGCCAUUGCUGGAGAUCCAUUCCCCACAGUUCAUUGGUUCAAAGAUGGAGAGGAACUAACAACAGAAGCAGGCUAUGAAUUCCUACAAAAUGAAGACAUCUUCACCUUGAUUAUAAGGAAUAUUGAACCUUGUCAUGCUGGCCAGUAUGAAAUACAACUCAGAAACCCAGUUGGAGAAUGCAACUGUCAGGUAUCUUUGACGCUGGGAGAAAAAUCAUUUUCCAAAGAAGGAAUGCAAAAAAAUGGGAGGCAGAAAGUACGACAAGAGGCUGAUUGUGGAGAGGAUGCACUGACAUUCAGAAACAUCAGUGGCUCCUUCAAGAGGAAUACUGGGGAAGGCCAGCAAGUUGAGGAAGAGCAGGAAAGUGUCCGUGGAGUGCUUAAAAGACGAGUAGAAACCCGAGAGAGCACAGAGGAGAAGCUAAGGCAACAGGAGGCUGAGCAGAUUGACUUCCGGGACAUUUUGGCAAAGAAAGUUAACACCAAAACUUUUUCUGAGGAGGAGUUGAAGGAUAUCCCAGCCAAACAAAUGGACUUCCGUGGUACCCUGCAACGGCAGGUCAAGCCGAAAACCUUGUCAGAAGAAGAAAGAAAGGUCCAUGCUCCACAACAGGUAGACUUUCGUGGAGUCUUGGCAAAAAAGGGCACUCCCAAACCUUCCUUACCAGACAAGGCAGCAGGUUCAAAGCCAAGCACCCCAGAUUUUAGAUCUGUGCUUGCUGCAAAGAAAAAAACACCAACUGAAAAUGGUGGCCCUGGGACUCAAGUCCAGAAUGUGAAUGCCAACUCUGAAGUGCAGAAAUCUAGUGCCACCAAUAAAGUGCCAGAUAUCAGCAUCACCUCUAAAAAUCCUGUGACAUCCAAGAAGUUGGACGCUGUCAAUGCUACUUCUAAACUGCCAGAGACCAGCACUGUUUUGGAGUCCCAGGAUACCAGCUCUAGACAUAAAAUACAGAAUGCUAGCACCAAGAAUGAAAACCAAGUUACUAACUCCAGCUCUGAAAUGUCACAUGUUAAAUCAAGGGAGAAAGAGAAUAAGAAUGACCGUAAUUGCAAAGGUGACUACCCACCAGAAGUAGAUGGACGGAUAACUGAAGAUAAAGGAAAAGAUAACAAAAUAGAGCCUGAGGGAAUAGCACCAUCCUUUAUUGAAAAGCUACAGGAUACCAAAGUAGUAGAAGGUGAAAAACUGGUCUUGCAAUGUCAGGUAUCCUCAGAUCCACUUGCUACUAUCAUCUGGACUCUGGACGGCAAAGUCAUCAAAUCAUCAAAGUUUAUUGUUCUCUCCCAAGAAGGCUCAUUGUGCUCCCUGACCAUUGACAAAGCCUUUCCUGAGGAUGAGGGCCAGUACAAAUGCAUAGCUGAGAAUACUGCAGGAAGAUCAGAAUGCAUUUGCAGCGUCUUAGUGGAAGAGUCUUUAAAGUCAACGGAAAAGAAGACCAAAAAGCCAAAGACUUCACUGGGUUCUGUGCAUGGAACAGAAAGUGAGGCAACUGUAAAGAAGAAACCUGCUCCCAAAACUCCACCCAAAGCAGCUCUUCCUCCUCAAAUUGUUCAGUUCCCAGAAGACCAGAAAGUAAGGUCUGGUGAAUCAGUAGAGCUGUUGUGCAAAGUAGCAGGAACCCCACCUUUAAUAUGUACUUGGAUGAAAUUUCGGAAGCAGCUCCAAGAAAAUGAACACAUCAAAAUUGAGAAUGCUGAGAAUAGCAGUAUGCUGACCAUCUCCUCAACAAAGCAGGAACAUUGUGGAUGUUAUACUUUAGUAGUGGAAAACAAGCUGGGUAGUAAGCAAGCCCAAGUUAACCUUACAGUUGUAGAUAAGCCCGAUCCUCCAGCAGGAACCCCCUGUGCAUCUGAUAUUCGGAGUUCUUCCCUCACCCUUUCAUGGUAUGGCUCUUCGUAUGAUGGUGGGAGUGCAGUGCAAUCCUACAGUGUGGAAAUAUGGGACACAGUGGACAAGAAAUGGACAGAUCUCACCACUUGCCGCAGCACUUCAUACAAUGUCCAUGAUCUUCUAGCUGACCGGGAGAUUAAAGUAGCUCCUUUAAUGCUUUACCUAUGCCCUAAAGAAGAAGAAGAAGAAGCUGAAGGAUCUGAUGAUGAAGAGAAAGAAACAGAAAUUGAUUAUCGGACAGUAUCUAUCAAUACAGAACAAAAAGUUUCAGAAUUCUACCAUGUUGAAGAAAGAUUGGGAUCAGGUAAAUUUGGACAAGUUUUCCGGCUUGUUGAGAAAAAAAGUGGAAAAGUUUGGGCAGGAAAAUUUUUUAAAGCGUAUUCAGCUAAGGAUAAAGAAAACAUAAGGCAAGAAAUCAGCAUAAUGAACUGUCUGCACCAUCCAAAACUUGUCCAGUUGGUAGAUGCUUUUGAAGAGAAAGCUAACAUUGUCAUGGUAUUGGAAAUUGUUUCUGGAGGAGAGCUCUUCGAAAGAAUCAUUGAUGAGGACUUUGAACUGACAGAGAGGGAAUGCAUUAAAUACAUGAAACAGAUCUCAGAAGGUGUACAAUUCAUUCAUAAACAAGGCAUUGUUCAUUUGGACUUGAAACCUGAAAAUAUUAUGUGUGUCAACAAAACUGGUACAAGAAUCAAGCUGAUUGAUUUUGGACUUGCACGAAGAUUAGAAAAUGCAGGUUCUCUGAAGGUCCUCUUUGGAACACCAGAAUUUGUGGCUCCAGAAGUUAUUAAUUAUGAACCUAUUGGCUAUGCUACUGACAUGUGGAGCAUAGGAGUCAUCUGCUACAUCUUGGUCAGUGGACUUUCCCCUUUCAUGGGUGAUAAUGACAAUGAAACCUUAGCUAAUGUUACCUCAGCCACCUGGGAUUUUGAUGACGAAGCUUUUGAUGAGAUAUCAGAUGAUGCUAAAGACUUCAUAAGCAACCUUUUAAAGAAAGAUAUGAAGGACCGCUUGAAUUGUACUCAGUGCUUACAGCAUCCGUGGCUGCAAAAAGAUACCAAACACAUGGAAGCGAAGAAGCUCUCCAAAGAUAGGAUGAAAAAAUACAUGGCUAGAAGAAAAUGGCAGAAAACAGGGAAUGCUGUUCGUGCCAUAGGAAGGCUGUCUUCUAUGGCAAUGAUUUCUGGCCUGAGUGGACGGAAGUCCUCUUCAAGUUCACCAACCAGCCCUGUUAAUGCGGAGAUGGAAGUUGGAGAUGAAACAGCCAGCUCUCUUUUAGAAGCAGUUGAUGAAGAAAGGUCUCAUGUGAAGCCCUAUUUCUCUAAAACAAUUCAAGAUAUAGAAGUUGUGGAAGGCAGUGCUGCUAGAUUUGACUGUAAAAUUGAAGGUUACCCUGACCCGGAAGUGAUUUGGUACAAAGAUGAGCAAUCUAUCAAGGAAUCCCGGCACUUCCAGAUUGACUAUGACGAAGAUGGCAAUUGCUCUUUGAUUAUUUCUGAAGUUUGUGGGGAUGAUGAUGCCAAAUAUACUUGCAAGGCAAUUAACUGUUUGGGAGAAUCAACUUGUACAGCAGAACUUAUUGUGGAAACGUUGGGGGAAGAGGAAGAGGAGGAAGAAGAAUGAAUCAACAGAAGAGGACAAAAAUCACUCAGUUGAAGACUCUUUAAUGCUCAUGUAGUAUUACACUAGGUCAUAGUUUUCUUGAUUUAUUUUAUCAGCAGUGUGGCUGACACCUGUUUUAUUUAUGGGCAUUAACUUGAAUUAACAAGCACUUUAGUUGGCUGUUGUGCUUGGAUUUAGUUUAAGUUAAAGCAUCAGUUGCAUAGCCCAGACAAUGAAUGUGAACACACUAUAUGAAGCUAAUCUGCUAGACUCAACCAUUUCUUUCAUAAACGUAUGAUCAGGAUUGAGGAACUGGAUAAGUAUACUAAUUGUUUCAUCAAGCAAUAUAGCUAGCAAAAAUGCGUCUUUGGUGUCCUGUGACACCAUUGAAUUAUGUAUGAAUGAAGUACAUUUGGAGCAAUAAAAUUUUACCUGCAAGGAGCCCACUGGAAAUACAAGAGUACCACAGAAAGUUUCCUGAUACAAAAGAGACACCCGAUGGUUAAAAAAUAUGUACCUUCCUCAAAUUGAUUAACACAUUCAGAUUUUUCCAUAUUGCUUUCCUUUCACAGCUGUCAUUCAGAAUACCUAACAGUGUAUCUGUCUGCACUUAGUGUAUCAUUACAACUCUGUGGCUUUUCUCCACUACUUCUGCAAGAUGCCAAUAUUUUCAGCAUAACAUUGGCUUCAUUAAAGAACACAGAAAACAAAUUUUGCAUUAGCUUCUCAAGGCAGAAGAGGAAAAUUGACUAUACUUCAAUGUAGAUACAUAAAGUAUCUUUAGAACGUUUGAUCUUAUUACUGUAGUCUUACAUGUUCUGUAUUUGCUUGUCUGCCUGUUGGAAUGCAGAUAUUCAAAAUUCCAUUUAUGAUAUGUACUCACAUUUGCUGUGGGUUUUUUUUAUUACUGCUUUCGCUGUUUCUUAGUUAUCAGCAUGUCCUCUUUUUAAGUGGAUGAGAAACUUUUGUUAUAAUAAAACACAGUCAUUGCCAGUUUGCCACACAUUGUUAUAAGGCAAUUUUAAUAUUAUUUAGUGCAUACAAGGCAUUUUUUUCACAUGUUUUCAAUGUGUUAAGAAAACAACGGGGUGUAUUUUUGUAUAUCUUAAUUAAAAAAAUAUGCUAAUGUU